UUUUAUCCGUUUAAAUUUGGUCUUAAUUGCUAUUAAGGCAUGGACGACGAAAUCUGCCCCUACGCCACCUUCCAUCUACUUGGUUUUCGCGAAGAGAUGGACCCAAGCAAAGUUCAACAAUUCCAAACUUUCCCUCAUCCCCAUGCUGGUACAAUGGGCCCAUCAGGAAUGAACACUCCCCACUCCAUGCAUUCUCGUUCAGGAUCUCAGUCCAUGCCUCGUUCUAACAAAAGAUACGAAAGAGGUGGUUCUCAAGGAAACGGAAGCAUAUAUUCCCCAGGACCUGAAUAUGACGACCCAGCUAACUGCGCCCCAGAAGACGAGCAAUAUGGAUCCCAAUACGGAGGCUACAACGCACCUUACGAUCAAUAUGGAAGUCGUGGUUCAAUAGGUAGACGAUCCAUGGGUUCCAUGAGACUUCAGCCAAACAACGGAAGCCCCGAACCUCCCCCACCACCACCUCGUAAUCACGACCCUUCAUUUAAUGACUCCAAGGACAGCAAUGAAAUAUCCGAAGCUGAAUGCGAUAGGGAUCAACUGAUAAAUAGUCGCAGUUAUGGGGGUACGUUAGUAGUAAUAGUAUUGUGGAAAAUGAAAGCCUUAUUUUGCUUUAGAGUGGAUGGAAAAAAGGGGGAACGGAAAGGACCAAAUGUCAUCCUUGAAUGAGAA